CUCAGAACCAUCAGCUGGACACAGUUGAAAGCUCGGGGUUGAAGCUGGGCGCAAGAGGGCUGCAACGGGAACGGGUGUGGCAAGAAGGGAAACGGAGGAAGCUGGUGGUCAAGCAAGGAAAGAUUUUGAGGACAGACAUUUCUGAGGCGCCAUGCAAGCUCUGAAGGAGGUUUUGAGGCGGGCGCCCCACCUUGCAAAUCCGAUUUGGCAGAGAGCAGUCAUUGAAGAGACAGUAGCACCAUGCAUGAGUUUGGCCCUUAGAAGAUUACGCAACCUGAGUUCGUCAGAGUGUCGAUGUGGACAAAUGAUGAAGGCGGAGGCGGCUGGGCAAAGAGAAUCGUCCUUAAGUGGGUCCUUCGGGCGGCAUCAAAGUAGAGGGUUUGCGGCGGAGGCGGCAGCACUGGCUGAUGAAAAGGAGACGAUCCAGGUUACCUUUGUAGACAAGAAUGGGGAGGAGAAGCAGAUACGAGUCCCGAUGGGUGUAAAUAUGCUACAAGCAGCACAUGAUAAUGACAUAGAAUUAGAAGGUGCUUGCGAAGGGUCUCUUGCGUGUUCAACAUGCCACGUCAUCAUAAUGGACCAGGACUUGUACGAUAAAAUGGAGGAACCGUCAGACGAAGAGAACGAUAUGCUGGACCUCGCUUUCGGGCUCACAGAAACGUCGCGGCUGGGGUGUCAAGUAGUAGCGAGUCCGGAGCUAGAUGGGAUGAAGCUCCGGCUACCGGCCGCGACUAGGAACUUUUAUGUGGACGGACAUAAACCGGAGCCGCAUUGAGGUUGGGGUAAGCAUAGGCAUGCAGUCUAUGCUCUUUGGGGUAGAGCUAGCGGAAAGGUUCUGCACACACAAUUGCUCGCAUAGACACAUGUCUGAACACGUGGAAGAUAUCUACAGUUGUCUGCAGUCUCUGUGGUUCUAAGAAAACAUUCAUUGUGAAAUGGAGCGGAUCAUAUUUUCACAUCAGAG